AUGAAUACGGCUAAUCCAUCUAUUCCGGAAGCUAUUCUGUACUGGUAUGAACAUGGAAUUGAGAUUAAACGCAGUGGGAAGAAUAAAGAUACAUUAGAGGAAGUAAGAAAUUAUCUCAAGUCAGCGGGAUGGACCUUUUGGUACAAAACAAAGGGAUUAAGGGAAGAAUUGCGAUAUACUUCUCCAACCGGAAGAAAUUAUCUCUCUCUUCGAAUGGCCUGCAAAGGUUACAUGGAGGAAAGAGGACUAGUUGUGGAAGACAUCAUAGCUGCAAGAAAUAAAAAAUUAAAUCUUGCGUCUCAAUCGCUUGACGGACCACCACCACCAUUACACAGUAAUGGAAACGACGCCAUUGAUGGAAAGACUUUGCUUUCAGAUUCAAACAAAGUUAAUAGCCGAAGUGUUGCUAUUUCUUGGUUGAUAGACAACAAUUUGGUGUUGCCGAAGUCCAAGGCGCAUUAUUUAGGUGUGAAUGGUCCAUUGGCAAAAGGGCAGAUAGAUCGAGAUGGGAUCAAGUGUGAUUGUUGUAAUCAGGUGUUUACACUUUCGAAAUUUGAAGCUCAUGCAGGAAGCAAGAAACAUAGACCGGCUGCCAACAUUUUCUUGGAUGAUGGAAAAUCUUUAUCAGAUUGUCAAAGGCAAAUGUUCGAGAACAAUGAGAUCCGACGUUUUGAAAAGAAGCAACACAAUGCUAUUGAGAACGAUAAGUUAUGUUUUGAAAAGAAACAACACAAAGCUAUGGAGAACGAUAAGUUAUGUUCGGUAUGUCGUUCUGAAGGUGAGCUAAUUUUCUGUUCUAAUUGUCCUUCCUCAUUUCACAAGAGGUGUCUUGGUUUGAAAGAUAUCGCAAAUGGUAAUUGGUUUUGUCCCUCCUGUUCUUGUGGGAUCUGUAGCAAACGAAAAUUUGAAGAAAACACUGGACAUUCACAUUCAAAGGGUGAAGAAAUUAUUUGCAUUUGUGAUCAAUGUCAGCAUAAUUUUCACAUGGGUUGCCUAAGGAAGAGCAGAGGAACAGUUAAGUCAAAAAAUUCUCAAAAUAAAUGGUUUUGCAGUGAUAGGUGUGAACGUGUUUCUUACCAUCUUCAUCAGCUUUUAGGGAGAUUAUUUCCACUGGGUAGAGAUGGUUUAACUUGUAGAUUGUUAAAACCCGGUUAUCAAAAUCCUAGUGAUUCAGAUAAGAUGGGGUCUUUGAUGGAGAAUCAGAAAAAGUUGAUUUUAGCUCUUAAUGUGAUGCAUGAAUGUUUUGAGCCUAUUAAAGAAGCUUCAACAGGGAGAGAUCUUUUUGAAGAAGUUAUAAUGAAUCGAGGAUCAGACCUGAAACGUCUGAAUUUUCGAGGCUUCUAUACGAUGGUUUCAGAGAGAAACGAAGAAGUAAUAUCGGUGGCAAAUUUCAGAGUUUCUGGAAAAGUGGCCGAGAUACCAAUUGUGGCUACAAGGCUUCAAUAUCGGAAAAAUGGAGUGGAGAGGUUAGUGUUACCUGCAAUUCCUGAUAAUCUAAACAUGUGGAUAAGUAAAUUUGAGUUCUCGAAGAUGACAGAUUCUGAGAAAUUACAGUACUUGAAUUAUGCUUUCCUGGAUUUUCAAGAUGCCAUCAUGUGUCAAAAAUCGUUAAUGAAGACCUCUCCAGUUAAAUUCUGGAGUGUUUGA